AGUUUUUAUCGCACGCCCAGCGCGCGUGACCGUACCUAUAAUAGUUAUUGUCGAAGUAACGUUGGGACAACCUUAACGCUACGCGCAGAUUAAAAUAAGUGCUGUUGUACAAUGGAUGGUAGUGAAGAUCACGAUGGCGGGUUUGAACGUAUCAGCAGUUUCGGGAGUUUCGCCGAUGGUUGUUUCAGCAUCAGGGACGUGCGAGUUAGCGGGGCGAAAGAGAGUGCGGUCGACUUCGCGGCCGGAUCGCUGGGUGGCGUCGCCCUGGUGCUUAUCGGACAGCCGCUGGAUACGGUCAAGACCAAACUGCAAACGUUCCGGGGUCUUUACCGGGGCCCCAUGCAAUGUCUUUUGCACACGUACCGCGUGGCGGGCGCGCGUGGCCUGUACGCCGGCACGUAUCCCGCCAUGGUGGCCGGCGUGUCUGAAAAUUCCGUGCUGUUCCUGUGCUACGGACUGUGUCAGCGGACGGUGGCCGCGGUCACAGGCGUUAGGGACGCUAGACAACUGGACGUGCUGUCCAACGCCACGGCCGGUUGCGCUGCGUCGUUUUUCUCGUCCGUCGUCCUUUGUCCCACCGAGCUGGUCAAGAUCAAACUACAAGCGGGCCGCGAGCUAGCUGAGUCCAGGGGUGAAAAGUUCAAAGGAAGCGUGUACCGAGUGACAAAGGAAAUUGUGGCUAAUAACGGCAUGCAGGCUUUAUUCCGUGGACUAACCAUAACAUUGGCUCGGGAAUUACCCAGUUACUUCUGUUUUUUUGGAACGUACGAGGCCAUCAGAGAGGCAUUGAAGCCGGCCGGCGGAUUGCGAGAAGAUUGCGGUUUGGCCGUGACCUCAUUGGCUGGUGGAGUCGGUGGUGUAAUGCUAUGGGCAGUUACCUUCCCCGUAGAUGUGAUCAAGUCCCGUAUUCAGCUGGACGAUAUGAUGCCAACCAGAGGGUGGAUAACGCAAUUACUCCAAAUGUACCGUAACGAAGGGUUAGCUGCUAUUUAUAGUGGUCUGGUGCCUACGUUGAUUCGGACCAUCCCGUCUUCGGCUGUGUUGUUCUUGGUCUUCGAGUAUACAAAAAAACUAAUGAACGAUCGCUGACUAGAGACGACCAGUGGCUAUAGGUUUCAUAGCCUCUUCGACGAUGAACAUGGAUGAGAAGCUUUUGUACCGUCAACUAGACACUCAUAACAUCUGAAAUCAAGCGAGGCCUAAUUCAAUUAUCUAUCUCAGUCUAAGCCGACCACCACACUGUGCAAGCUUGAGCUGUAUAGCUUCGUGCAGCAAUAUUAAAAGAUUAUCCUAUGAUUUAUGUGUUAGAUAUAUUUAGUCUUAAGUCUUUAUCUCCCAUUAACUACUAUUAUAAAUAUUUUUCUUUUUGAUAUUAGCUAAAGUAAAUAAUUAAGCUGCAAAUAAGUCCAAUUAGUUUUUGUAUUUUAAAAUCGGGAUCCCUCUCAUUUUGUCAAAACGAUUAAUCAAGUUGGUUUUGUCAUUUAUCCUAAAAAUGAAAAAGUAUUAAAGUAAUGUUAUUUCAUAAUACUCGAGUAUGUUUUAGGCAGAGUAGUAGUAGAGGAGAAGAGAGGACAUUAUUGAUAAGAUAAUUAGCCAAUAAGAAAUUAUUGAGGAUUGAGGAAAAUUAACAUGAAAUGAACCUUAUAGAAUUGAUUAUAAAUAGUAAUGUUUAUAAUCAAUGUUUAUAGGUAUCAAAAGACAUAUUCAUAAUCCAAUGAAUGAUGUUUUUUUUCUUCAACGGAAAACAAACCAUUUGUUUUUUUUUAUUGUAUAAAUUCACCUCUAAUUAACAUUAUAUUGUUUUCGACUAUCUUAGCUCGUUAAUAUAAUGGUUACUGGAUAGCGACUGUGGUUUGUAUAUACGAUUCUUAGUUUAAAUAUAACUUUUUAUAACAUCGCUAAUACUUGAAAGUGUCAUGAAGUCAGUUCAGUAAGAUAACUUUUUCGCUCUUGGCCAUUGACGUUUUAGGGUUUAUUUCAGGCGUGUACACUUUUUUAGCAUCUAGUUUGUGUAGCUUCAAAAGAAAUGUUUAAAUUAUAGGUUGGUAAACAUAAAAAAAACAUUUUCGGAAUAUGUUAAAUAAGUAUAUCACUAUAACCAAUUUAAUAACAACGUAUUAGGUACAUUAUAUUUUAAUUAAAUUAUGAUUUGGUUGAUGACAAAGGAUCGAACAAGUACAUUAUUUUAUUCCUUAUGAUAAAUACAAUAUCAUAAAUGGAUAGCAACAAAUUUUACGGAUGACUUACACCUGACUAAUAGUUGCUCGUUUUUUACUCCAUUUGUAUUUAGUUUCGGUCUCAUGCGAUAACGCGCUCUUAGAAGUCUCAGAGCAAUUAAGAUUUAUGGGGAAUAAUUAAUUGCUGCCGAAGACUGUGGGCAAAACAAUGUUGGAAGCGGCUCUAAUCAAUGAUAUCCAUACUGUACAGAACUGUAUGACUUUAAUGCGUACAAUAAUUUUAAGUACAAGCAGUUUGGAUGGAUCGAGAUUACAACUAUAUUUAUAGUGCGUACAUCCUAAAGAAACGUCAGUAGGAAUUGACCUACAUAAGUUAAAGUGCUUUCAUUCGCCGGAUAUAUGCGAUUUUAUCUUCUUACCGAAUUCUACAUGACGAGAUGCUCUAAUUACACAUACAUUUUUUUCAUUUCAUAUUUUUUUUUCAUUUAAAUGAUUAAGUAUGCAAUAGUUAUCUGAAUUAUACUAUGGUACGCUUACCUAACCUAACCUACAAGUCCAUUGUUUUAAUCUUUACACUGGAGAAACCAUAGACAUCUGCCUAAUAAUAAAUAAACUACUGGCUGAUAAUGAUUACCUUAAAAGAGGUAUUCAUUUAGAGAAAUAUUUGGUAUAAUUUUAUCUAGAAGUCAUUUAAUGUCAACUUGACAUGAAGCAAUCAGGUCAACUUUUUCACGGGUAUAGUUUUUCUAGUGACAUAGCUUUUAAUGAUAUGUGUAUCUGAAAUAUAUUGAAAGUUUUAUAAAUAAUUACUAUUGUAGACGUUACUUGU